AUGACAUUGAACUUAUGCAAUCACGAAAAAGAUAUAAAAUCUGCAUAUCAAACGGUUAUUCGAUGUCCUGAAAACUGGUUAAUCUUGGAUUAUGAAGGCAAUUCGAAUGUAUUAAAAGUCGCCGAUGGGGGAGAUGGUGGUCUAGAAGAGCUCGUAAAUAAUUUUACUAUUGGAAAAUUACAAUAUGGAAUUAUAUCUAUGAGGAUUAAUGCUGCAUCUCCUCAGUCCAAAAUCAUUAUGAUUCAGUGGAGUGGUGGGGUGCCUGCAUCAGGUUUGGCCUAUACAGCCAAUCAUGCCAAUGAUUUGAAACGUUUUCUUCGUGGAAUACAUGUGGUAAUUAACGCUACUAGCGAUGAUGAUGUAGACUAUGAUAGUAUUUUACGAAUUCUAAAUAAGUUGCCUGGUGUAAAUGAUCAGAUAGUUGCUGAUCAGAUUGAUUCUCGCCAAGCGGCUGUUGGAAGUGUUUAUUCUCCAGUCAAACCGCAGAGAGAUUUUGACGUAUCAGAUCGAGAAGAGUUUUGGAAGAGAGCGGAUGAAGAAGAAACGAGCCGACGAAUUGAAGAAAGGCAGCGUGAAAAUGCAAAAAAUGCCAUUGCAACUGAAGAAAACAAUAAAUUAAGCAGGGAAAUCCACGAAAGAUUUCACUGGAAUGAAGAUCAUAUAAAAAAUGAACGUGGUAUGAAACAUGAAAUUAUGAAAUUGUGGUGUAGAAGGAGUACUUCUACGAGUUCUAAAAAUGUUCAGGACUAUGAAGACUUUGGUGAAGAUGCUAGCACGAAUAUAGUUGGCAAUCCUGGUGAUGGUAAUAUGGGAAAACAAAUACGCAAUGAAAUUAGCAACAAACUGGAUAAUAUUUAUUCUGAAAACCAUAGAUCUACUGGAGAUAGCUCAGAUUCACAAAUGGAUCACAAAAAUAAUACUUCUGGUUAUCAGAUUAAUCAAAAUUUAAUUGCUAAUUAUGCUGACGAAACGGAAAUCACUUUCGAUCCUGAUGAUAUAAUAUCUGAAAUUGAACAAAUAGACGAAGGUUGGUGGCGUGGACGCGGUCCAGAUGGACGUUAUGGUCUUUUUCCUGCUAAUUAUGUUGCAAUGCUCAAUUAA